GGCUUCUCCUGCCUGUGUGUUAUGUGCAGGGUGGGAAAAAAGGGGAGAGAGAGGGGGAGAAAAAUCAGACAACUGACUGCCUGUCCCCAUCUCUCUCUCUCUCUCUCUCUCUCUCUCUCUCUCUCUCUGUAGCUCACUAACUCACUCUCCCUCCCUCUGCAAACAUUGGAUUUAAACCUACUCAGAAUUCAGCACAGAGGAAAGCGGCAAGCCGAACCGCUUCAGACUACUGCAGCUCUUCAAGAUGUAUCAUCCUGCUUGCUGGAUCGUCUUCACGGCCACAACUGCCCUGUUCUUCAUCCCAGGUAAGUGGCAUUUACUUAUUGUUGAAUCUCACAAAAAAAGUCGAGAUGUAGGGAUGCAAAACAUCCCCCCUCCUCACCUCAACCCCGUUGGCAGUUUCUUGGCAGGAGUGCCGGUCCGCAGCGGAGAGGCCACCUUCCCCAAGGCCAUGGACAACGUGACCGUCAAGCAAGGCGAGAGCGCCACCCUCAGGUGUACUGUGGAUGACAGAGUCACUCGAGUAGCUUGGCUCAAUCGUAGCACAAUUCUUUACGCCGGGAAUGACAAAUGGUCAAUAGAUGACCGAGUGGUUAUCCUGACAAACACCAAAACCCAGUACAGCAUCAUGAUCCAUAAUGUGGACAUAUAUGAUGAAGGCCCCUACACAUGCUCUGUACAAACAGACAAUCAUCCAAAGACAUCGCGGGUCCAUCUCAUAGUGCAAGUUCCUCCCCAGAUUAUCAAUAUCACAUCAGACAUUGCAGUUAAUGAAGGCAGCAGUGUAACCCUCUUGUGCUUGGCAUUUGGGAGACCAGAACCAACAGUCACAUGGAAGCAUCUCUCUGGCAAAGGUCAGGGAUUUAUAAGUGAUGAUGAAUAUUUAGAAAUCACGGGGAUCACCAGAGACCAGUCUGGGGAGUAUGAAUGUGCCGCCGUUAAUGAUGUCGCAGCACCUGACAUCCGGAGAGUAAAAGUCACUGUAAACUACCCUCCAUCCAUCUCCAAUCCCAGGAACACUGGAGUUUCAGUUGGACAGAAGGGGAUCCUACGUUGUGAAGCCUCUGCUGUCCCUGUAGCAGAAUUUCAGUGGUUUAAAGAAGAAACCAGAUUAGCCAAUGGGCUGGAUGGAGUGAGAAUUGAGAACAAAGGUCGGAUGUCCACACUAACCUUCUUCAAUGUGUCAGAGAAGGAUUAUGGCAACUACACUUGUGUGGCCAUCAACAAACUGGGGAACACCAAUGCCAGUAUAAUCCUGUAUGAAAUAAGUCAACCUACAGCACUGGCAGGCCCAGGAGCAGUACACGAUGGCAACAGUGCAGCUUCCAGAGCGAUGGCUUGCCUCUGGCUAUCAGGCACUCUCUUUCUUUAUUUCCUCCUCAAGUUUUGAUAAGAAAAGUGAGGGUCCUUGCCGAUGACGCCUGGCUUCUCCCACACCACAGACUUUAAACCAUCCAUACUGCUGGGGAGGGGAGGGGGCAAACAAGCAAACAAACAAAUAAACAAACAGUCUGCAGCUUGAAUCUACUGCUGGGAGGGCGAGGGGAGGGGGAGGGCAACUGGGUUACAAGCCAACCACCCAUUAGGGACUGGUCAAUCAUGGGCAUCUCCCAAAGCAGAAUCAGUUUUAAUUUCCUCCCUUGACCCCGUACCUCAAAAAAAAAACACCCUAUUUAUAAAUGUCAACCUCUCAUUUCUACGGUCAAGAGUUUCCGAAAUGAGCCCACCCCAAUGCCCCAGGAGGAGGAUGCUUCUUAGUCCAGGAGACAAUGCACAACAAGAAAAACAAAAGCAAGCAAAAGAGAAAAAAAAAGGUGUCCUCCUAUCGCUGGUGUCUCUUGAGCAAAAGGAUUGUUCUAUUUGUAACACUGUACAUAUCUGUUCAUGUUUCUCCAAGUGUCUGAUUAUGCUCUGGUAUCACCUUGCUUCCACCUGGGUGGUUGUCUUAAUAAAUUUGUAGCCUGGCCAUCAGCACAGUCCUCUGCCUCCUCCCCAGCAUAUGUGUUAGAUCGUAAGCAUGAUGUUGGACCAGGUCGCACAUUUAGACACAGCCUGUGAGUUUGCAAAGCACGGAGAGGGGUGGCAAGGAAGGCCAGGGCACACACCUUUGACUUCGACCACAGAUGCUGGCUAUGCAUCUCCCAUUUUUCAGAAUAAUCAUGCCUUCAUUACACCCAUUCACCUGCCUGCCUUUUCCAUCAAUUAUUAGGCAUAUUUAUCCAUACAUCAAUGUAAUUAUCUGGCAAAGGCAUUUUUUUCUCCAAGCCAAAUCUCUCCUCUGUCAUCCUUCAUCCAUUCGUUCACUCAUCCAUCACCAUAAUCACAGCUAUUGAGUCCCACCUCCAUCUAGACAACUUUUUAAUUCCUCAUCAUUCAACCCAUUAUUAUUUCAACGUUCCACUUCGGGUUUUCAGUCUGCUGGAGAUUCAAGAAAGGGGAAACACAUAUGUAGCAACUAGUAAAGACUCCUGGCACAGAUAUAAACAAAAAAGAAGACUGAGAAUUGAAUGGGAUCAAAGACCCAACAUUCAGUAUCUCUCCAAAAUAUCGUUUCCCCAAGAAAGUCUGAGACCAUCCCAUUCCCAACUAAACAUAAAAAAAUCCUAGUUCUAAACAUUGCCUUAAAAAUAAUUCACAUGAUUUUUUUUUGUUUUUAUUUGGAAAUAUUCUACCAUCUAUUCCACUGUCCUAGAGUUCUACUGCACAUAAAUAUUCAUCUUUCUCUCUGGGGAAAGCAAUGUUAUUCUACAGUUGAAGCCCAACUGACUUGCUUUCCUUUCCCCACCCAGCCUGUUCCUAUGUAGUCUUAGAAGUCCAUCCACUCAGAAGCUGAUGGAGGUAGUGAGUUUGACACAUUCAUUUUGUAUUGGGGGUGGGGAGGGCUUUUUUUGGGAAGGAGCCGAAUUUAAUGCCAACUUAAUUUCCAAAUAUUGUAUCAGAUUUAAGUGGGGGAACCAGAUGGAAAAGGGGAAAGUGAAGCGGAUUCACGUGAUUUCUUGCCUCUUGGUGGUUUAUAUUGAAGCCCUUCAAAACAACAACAUUGAUUUCUACAGUAGAUGAAUGGCAUCAAGCUGUAUUUUAUUUCAGUUUUUGGGAUUCAAUUUGCUUAAAGUUUUGUCCGAAUGAUGCCGGAUUCAAGCUAUGGGAAGAUAUACUUCUUUCAUCAUAAGCAACACAGAAAUGGGAGAUUGUCACAGAGGAUGAAUUCUGGUCCCUACAAUGAAAGGAGAGAUGGGUUUCCUUAGAAGCUACGAGUGUUAAAGGCGAUGAACAGGUUGGUGCUUCUAAAUUUACAAGAGCUCUGUGUCAUGUCCCAGGACAAGUUGGACAGAUGGGAUUUCUAGAACACUUCCACGUGCUCUUGUCAAGAUCAGUCGUGUGGGAAGACCUAGUAGAUCUGGAUCAGAUUUGUGCUACUUCUUUUAUUGUACCUAAGUGGGACCAAGAUGGAAAAGAAAUACAUAAAGGAUUCCAAUAUUACCUUUUCUCCUUCUUUGGAAAUGUUCUCCAUAGGAGUAUGACCUGAAGACCAUCUUAUACAGACCAAGACCAAGAGGCCCAACAGUACCCUGAAAAGCAGUUAGAAAAAUAUAAUGCCCACUGUACUGAGCUGCUGGGAACACUAAAUGACCUUGUGGAUGGCAAGUGACUGGUGCCAGUUCCCAAAGUGUCUACGUGGAUGAUCAAAAAGUUGUGUUGUUCAAGUGUUUAGAUUAUCCACACAUGUAAAACAUGGAUGAUUACAGAGUCUGAUAUUUACUUAUACAAGACUAAAUAUUUGGGUGGUAUAUUCAUAUUGAAAAAGUUGGAAUGGUCAGGGCUUUGUUUUUAAAGGAAUAAAGACAGCAUAUCGACCACAACUACAUUAUUACUGAAUGUACAGACUUUGCUUCCCAUUACUUACUUUUCAGCCCCAGUGACAUGUUUUCCUUCAGAUACCAAGAAAAGAGUUUGUAAAACCCUUUAAAGGGGGGAAAGAGCAAGGGAGAGAGCAAGAGGAAAAGUGGGGAACAUGCUUUCCAAAAAUGCUUUAUUGCCCUGCCAACAUUUUACUACACUUCCUUUUCCGUACCGGGACAACAGGCAACGAAGCUCAACGAAGGGAAAGGGAAGACUUAAUUCAAAGUGACUUAGACAAUGAAGUGGACUGCAGUCAAUAAAACCUGAUGCCACAAUAAAUUUGUUAGCCUUUAAGGUGACACAAGACUCUUUGUUGUUUUCCACCAUGAAAGGAUCCAAUGUUAUGAAGCUAUUUGGGUGUCGAUUCAGUCUCUAUGAGAAAUUUGCAGCAGUGUGUUUUAAUGCAAAAAAGCAUUGAGUUGCUUUGCUGGAUCAAAUGAAACAACAGCUCCCAACUAGAUGCCUCCAGGUUGUGGCUUCUCCUUUUGACCUUGAAGAAUACUGAAGAGAUACGCUUGGUGUUUGGUUUGUUCGGAUUUGCAGCAAUGAGUUUGGAGCUUAUUUUAAAGGUGUUCUAAAUAAUAUAAGAUACACACUUCCGCUGUGUUCCUAUUGAGUUAGAUCAUCAUCAGGUCUGAUCUAACCUUAUGACUGAACUAGAAAUUAUUGAUUAAAAUUUAAGGUGUAUUGUUCGCAGGAUUUCUACUGUGUUUAAUUUAAUUCAGAAACCGAUAUGUAUGUAAAAGAAGCAUUUUUAGCUCUCAAAAACAAAUUGGCCAAAGAAAUAAUUUAAAAUUCUGAUGAGGAUUAAAAUAUAAACACUUCACGGAACAAUCAGCUCUAGAAAGCCAAACAUAAGGAAUUCCAUCCCACAAGUAGUAAAAUGCUUCUGUAGGCAAGGUCCUGGAACCUAGCCUUAGAAGUUGAACAAGCAAACCCUAAGGAGAUCCAUCCCUUUCUAUCCAUCAAAUGGAAGGAAAGAGAAUAACUCCUAGCUUUAAAAAAAGGAGGAAGAAGCAUAAGGAUGAUUGGAUGUUUAAUGGGGAGAAUUCCUUCCAGAAAAUGUGCACUGAAGUGCUGGUAGCACACCAUGUACUAAGUUUUCUUGAUAGUGGUUAACGUUAAGUGCCUAAUGUGUGGUGUUUGCAAAUAUUUUCCAGAUGCAUUUAAGUAAUAUGCAUUUUAUGAGACAUGUUGUGCAUUUCAGUGGUGGGAAAAUUCCAUGCAUUGCCUCUCGGAUAUGAUGCUUUGCUAUGUUUGGGAGCAACACAGUAAGCAUGAACCUCCCUCCAUUCAUUUCUGUGGGAACUUGCAAAAAGCUUCAUCUGGUUCCACUGAAAUGACUGAAGGUUGUGUAGCAAUACCAGUUGGUAAGUUACACUGUUUGGUUAUGAAUUGACCUAACUAUAAUUACAUGACCUAAAGCCCACUUACUUUAGUGAAACUGUGUGCAAACAAACUGAACACAAGAUUGCAGCCCAAAAUGUCAUUUGCAUAGGGCUCAUUGAAAUGAAUGGAAUUGGCCCUGGCCUAAGCAAGUGUUCAUUAGUUUGGGGUUUGCUUUUUGAGUGAGGCCUUUAAGUUUAAGGUCAUGGUUAUAUUUCACAUGUAAGGCACUUUGUUUCUGGAACACGGGAAGCUUCCUUGUAACAAGUCAUACCAUUGAUUCAUCUAACUCAAUACGGUCUAUAUUGACUUGCCGUAGCUCCUUAAGGUUUCCGAAGCUCCUUGCAUGCCAGAAUGAAAUGUGAAAAUUUGCAUUCCAAAAAAGAAGAUGUUAUUUUGAAUUAUAUUGCUUAGUUUUUAAUGUAUUGUGUAAUAGAAGCCAGGAAUGGCUAUUGGCUAAACUGAGACUGAAUCCAGUGAUCCUUAUUAAAUUGUGGCGUUGAGCAGUUCUUCUUCUUAAAAACUGAAAACAUUCUUCUGAUGUUUAGAUAUUAUGUGGAAUAUCUGUGAUUAGCAUUCUUAAAGAUAAAUUCAAGCAGAAUGACACAGAAAGAAGUGUAUUUUGAGGACUAUUUGCAGUUCAGUCUGCAUUUUCUGCACAGAAAGCUGCAUUUUCUGCACACACUAUAUUAAAGGAAAAUCCACCCAAAAGUCAGUUCCACAGGCACUAGAGAACAAAUGAUACCUAGAGUUUUUAAAGUAUAUGGGGAAAAUAAUAGCAAAUACACUUGGGAUCUAGAGGACUCUUGAUUAAAUCCUCAAAAUAAAAUUUCACUGAAUUUGUACACAUGAUGUUCCAAGCAAGCUAAUACGGAGUUUUCUGAAAACCUUAAAGCCACUGCAUGCAAGCAGGACCAGAGUAUUUUCAAUUCCAGAUAAAAGGCUUGGUCAUAUUAUUUAGUAAGUUAACCUUCAUCCUCGCCCAGAAAUUAUGUGUAUUCAUAUGUGCACAAAGGUUCUCAUGCAUAUGAUUCUUCCUAUCAAAUUUAUAAGUGCACCAUACUCUCAAAUAAUUAUAAUUAUAAUCAACAAAAAAUCCCUAUAUAUGCAUUGGAGUGGAGAGAAUAAAAAGUGACUCAGGUUUUGUUUGACACAACAUAUGAAGAUUAAAAAAAAUAACUAAAUCCAAAUCCAAGCCUAUUAAAAGACACAGCUGAUCCAAUACAUCUUCUACACUGGAUGUCUGCAUUAAUUCAUGGAGAUUGCAUCUACUAUGGCUUCAAGAUGGAAACUCUCCCUAGCUGUUGAUCGAUAAGACUCAUCACUUACUCUUUCACUUAAGCGAGCAAACAAACAAAAUAACACAAGAUAGAAGAAUAAUUUCUAUUAUUUCCAGCUACCGGGGAGCAUUUUUAAAAAAACCAUUCAAGUUACUUGUGCAAUGUAUAAGUGCAAUUGUGAGGAAACAUGUUGGGUGUAUGAAUCCGUUACCUGUCCAUUUCAGUCCUUAUCUUUGGUAGACUUACAAGUUCUUCUGUGACUUCUCAAUGGUGCAAUUCUUCUAGCUGUGUCAAAGCUAUGGGUGUGCACAUUGUUUUCAAACAAUUUAUCCUAUAAAAAAAGAAAUAAAAGAUAAAAUAGUAAAUAAAUUUUCAAUGUUCAAAUGCUUUAAUGAGAGAGAAAAGUUAUAUCAAACAGAAAUUUUCAAAGCAUUUUUCCUUUUAUUUUGUCAGCCUUCUAGAGAUACUUUCUAAAUUUUAUUUUUUAUCUCUUAAAGCAAACAAGGUCAAGUCUUUCUUCUUUUUUUUCCUGUCAAUAAUCGUAUUAAAAGGGUGAAUAUACUACCUGAAAUUUUGUGCAUGUUACAUUGUAGUUGUAACCUUUUCUAAUUCAAAAAGAAUAAGAGAUGGUUGUGAUUGUGCAGUGUAUCAAUAAAGUUUGAAGAAAUUUGUA